AUGUUGAAACAGUCAUUUAAAUUUUAUACUUGUAUCAACACUUUAUCAAAUCAAUUAAAAUGCCAAAUGAGCACGGCGUCUCGCGAAAAAUGGGACCUGCUUAGCGCUAUUUGUGUUGAAAGACAUCCAAUAAUAACAGCACCCAAAACUGAAAUUGAAGAAAAUUUUCAGGGUUUGCUGGAUGAGAUUGAGCUGGAGAACAGCUUAAAGUGUGAUCACGAAUUGAACGUAGAAAAUGAAAAGCGAAAAGACGAAAAGAUAAAAAAAGGUAUGAUUGAUUUAGACGCAGAUGUUAUUACUUCAAUGCGUGCUCAAGACAUAGAGGACCAAGGUGACGCCGAAUUAAAGGAAUUUAAAUUUGCUUCUCGUAUUACUGAAGCUGAUUUAAAAAAUAUAACCAGUUCUCUAGAGAGAAAAUUGGACAAAACUUUAUUUCUUUGUGUUCAACAGAAAAUUGAUAACGAUAAUUUAUGGCUACCUCCCCAAGGGCUUAGAGAACAAGGAGAGAAUAUGAGACAGGCUGCUGAAAGAAUUUUACGAAAGACUUGUGGAGAAAAUUUAAGCGUAAGAAUUUACGGAAAUGCACCCAUGGGAUUUUACAAGUAUGUUUAUCCAAAAACGGUCCGCGAGAAUGGUACACGAGGCGCUAAAAUAUUUUACUAUCUGGCCAGGUACGUUAACGGCAACCUUCCUAGUAAUCUCAAGUACCAGUGGCUCGAUAGAGAUGAAUUAAAAGAAGCGCUACCAAAACCCGUUUAUAAAAGUCGUGAGCUGACUCUGAUUCGUCCCCUAGAGCUUUUGGCAUUGGCAUAUUGCCUCCAGUCAUUAAAACGAGGAAAAAUUUUUUGGCUUUGGUACUGUUUGGAUAGUCGACGACAACACCACCGAAAAAACCAGCUUUUGUAG